AUUACAUGACUUGGUUCAAUAAAUGUUAUCUACUUUAUAGUUCUACACUACUGAUGUUAUAAGAACUGAUGGUGCCUCCAGAAUCUGGAAGGUGAAACAUGCCAGCUCCAACCCACGACCUAGUGAUGAUGCAUUAUCAUUAUCGAGGGGAAUACCUAAUGAUGCUGAUGACUAACAAUAAUCAGGCCAACACAUGCAACCGAUAAUACUGACCAGAACAAAUCCACUGAAGAUCCUUUCUUAUCAUGUUGCUGAACCUUCCCUUCUGCUUCCUAAUGGUACAAUGAACUUCAUGUUUCCGUCGUUUGAUUAGUUAAAAAAAGAAAAAGAAAAACAGCAGCAUGCUUCUACUUUAUGCAUCGCAGGUAAUUUUCGUUCACACAAUUAUCUCAGAAUUAUACUUGCGUGUUGUGUCCAGAAUCUGUGUGCACUUACAUGGUUGUCCUUGCUGUGGAUAGCUGAAACACACCAGCGGUGCUGCACAGGCAUAAGACCCCAUCAUAAUGUUGAAAAAUCAGCGAGCACAACAACAGAAAACCUGUAUUGUAUUUCCUUCAACAAUACUUCAUGAUCACAUAUCAAGAUCCAAAAUUAAACGAAACACCCGUGCAAUAUACUCUGUUACCAAUAACCAAGACAUGCCAGGCAUAUAAGCUAACUCAUUGAUGAUUGCCACGCUAACCACAAGCAGAUAAAGCAACACUCUCUUAUGGAGGUUAGCAGAUAGGAUUCUUGCUGUCGGCUGCCCUGUUCAUCGUGUCAUUGCUGCUGCCUCUCUGAUAUAUAUACAGGGAGAACCCCAAGGCUUAAGCACCAACAAACUGCAGGUCGUCUUGCCUACCAUUCUCAUCCAUUUCUAUACAGAAGAAAACAGCACCAAAGUUUCAAUCUCCAAGCAUGGCUUACCAUCUACGAUCGGCAAGCACGCCUUCGAGCCCUCGCUCAAACAAAGCCGAGGUCGAGGAGCAGUUCCAGAGCCUGAGCACAACCAUCUCUUCGCCCUCGGCGACCAUCGGUAUGAUGUGUGAUGGCUUGAGGAGGCUCGGUGACAUCUACAGCUGCAUCGAGAAGAUGAUGUGCACAACAAGCAGCCAAGUCAGCCUUUGCCAGACCCUUCAAAGGCUGGCAGUAGAGGCGGAGCUUGGACGGUCCCUCGUCGUACUCGACCUCUGCAACGGCAUGCGGGAGAGCUUCAUGGAAUUGAAGAUGACUGUCCAAGAGCUACUGCUGGCUCUUAGGAGAGGAGACGAUGUGUCUUCUCAAGUCAAGGCAUAUGUCAGGCAGGCAAACAAGGUCCAAAAACAGUUCAAGAAGAUCAGCAAGAAGACUGCUUCCGACAAGAACGACUGUAGGGUGGUGAUGCUACUGGCAGAAGCGAGAGAGAUCACCAUUUCGCUGCUUGAAUUCACAUCCUCAAUCUUGUCGAAGCAAGUUGAGAUGCCCAAGUGGUCUCUUGCCUCCAAAACAUUCCAGAGGAGCAAAAUUGUGUGCCAAGAGGAGCAAUUGCAAGCAUUGGAGCAUAGUAUUGGAGAUCUUGAGAGCGGAGUGGAACUUCUCUACAGGAGAUUGAUCCAGAACAGAGUUUCUCUUCUGAAUGUUCUUAGCUCGUAGAUACCCUGAGCUCUAGUUCCCUGUGGUUGGCAUCCACCUUUUAAAGGAUUAGUCAAUCAUGAUAACAAUUUUCAUUGUGUAUACUUGUGGAUAUGUAUAGUAAAUUCACUGAACCGAAAAGCAAAGAAAACAA